UCCCCUCACCAGGUGUCAACCAAAAUGUUGUGACAAGUUGGCAGGUUUUAUUUCUUGUUUAACAAGGAUAGUAAUAAUAACAAUAUGGGAAAACAGUCUGUUAUUGUACGGUGUUUCAUCGAUUUCAUUUGUCUUUUUAUCGUUGCCAUUCCUAUUUUAAUAAUAAAGAUCCAUGCCACACCAUUUCGGCGAGGAUUCUAUUGUGAUGAUGAAAGUCUCAUGCACCCACACAAACCUGAUACCGUACCAACAUGGGUGGUGUGUUUUAUAGGGAUGUCUGUGCCAAUCGUAACAAUUAUUAUAACAGAGGGCAUUCAUUUAUCUGUGUUUAAAAGAGACUGUAGCAGUGCACUCAAAAACAAGCCAUAUAUCAAAACUCUUUAUCGAGGGAUUAGUGCAUUUCUUUUUGGUUGUGCCGUCGUACAGUUGACAACAGAUAUCGCUAAGUAUAGUUUGGGCAGACUACGCCCACACUAUCUGUCUUUAUGCAAACCAGCAAUUUUAUCAAAUUGUUCUACAAAAACAGGCUACAUUGAAAUACAUGAUUGUACAAGUACAGAUACAGAUGCUUUACAAGAAGCCAGAUUAUCUUUUCCAUCAGGACACACUUCCUUUGCCUUCUUCUGUAUGUUAUAUCUGGUGGUGUAUUUACAAAUAAAAUUUAAGUGGCGGAAGUGUUGGUUGGUUAGACCAUUUUUACAGUUGGUGGCUUUUUUCCUGGCCUACUACACAGCCCUGACUAGGAUAUCAGACUACAUGCAUCAUUGGAGUGAUGUGUUAGGGGGUGCUAUCUUAGGAGUCAUUGUAUGUUUCUUUACAAUAUACCUCAUAUCAGAUCUACCGAAGGUGUGUGAAAAAACUGCAGCAUUUGCUACAAGUUCUGGGCUUCCUCUGUAUAAGUCUACACGAAAUGAUGACCAUUGUGAAUCAUCGUCCAACUCAUCAACUGUUCCCAGCAAUGGUGGUGUCUCGAUUACAUCACCUAACAACUGAUGGAAUUGGUGAUGAGAAGCAAAGAUAUCAGCACCAUACCAGUGAUUGUAUAUAGUCAAUAAUUUAAUUUAUAAAUAAAAUGUUAAUUAUAUAAAGUGUAUUACUUCAAAAUUCUGUAAAAUAGUAAGCUAUCAGGGAAUGUUUUGUUAAGAGUCUUUCAAUGUGUAUUGUGAUAAGUCUACUUGUUGAAUAUGCUGCUCAUUCUUUGAAUGAACAAAAUGGAGUUAUGUGUUUUCCAGUGUAUUACUGCUUGUUUGACAAUAUGUCUUUAUAACACCAAUACAUGCAAACUAGGUAAACGUGCAUUUUGUUUUUGAAUGGCUGUGUUUUAUGGAUUUAUUUUUAAGUAAUAUAAAAAAAAACAUGCUGUUUGUUGUAAAUUAAGACAUUAAAAAUGUUAUUUUAAUUUUGUAAUUUUAGUUUAAAAAAUGUUCAUAUGAAAUAUGAUAUUGUAUAAUGCAGAAUACUUUCUGCAAAGAUAAUUUAAUGGGAGGUAACUCUAUAUUUUUGUCAUUUUUUUUUUUACUGUCUUACUUUGAAGUAAUUGUCUGAUAUCAACAAUUUUAAUUGGAUGACUUCAUAUUUUGAGGAUGUAGAAUCUAUGAUAUACCUGUUGGAAUACUAUGCACAAAUAUAGAUAGGGUUUCCAUUUAUCAAAAAUUUCAUUUAACAGGCAUGAUUUAGCAAUUGCAUUUAUAGGAAUAACAAUUAUGUAUUUUAGUACUUGCUGACAUCAAUCUUAGAUUUAUAGUCUGUAAUUUCUGUUUUCAGAAAGCGCAUUUUGCAACAGUAAAAUCAACAAUGACACCAGAAAGUAUAAAAAUAGAGCACAGUUGCUCCUUAAAUAGUUCAGAUAUUGUGAUUUUUUCUGGCCUUGACAUAAUAUUGAAAGUUUUAACAUAGGAUUGCUGUUAGUGGCAUUGUUUUUUUUAAAGUUUUUGAUUUUGUCAGUUUAUCUAGAUAUUCAACAACUAAGAUAAAAACUAUUAAUUCCAGUGAGAGAGAAAUUAUUUAAAAGGAAGAACAUCAUGACAGCGUUAAUAAAGCACCUUUCCUGAUUUAUUCUCAACAGGGCAAGUAAAGUCAAAAGUUUUGAAGCCAAAGAUGUAUUUACAAAUGGAUUUGUGGCUGAAAUACCUCAGGUGAUGUAAAAAUGAAAGGCAAAACUGUACCUAGGGUGGUUUUGCCUGAGAAAGUUACAACUUUGGGUUUUUUAAAAAUAUAAAAUGAAGAAAUUAAAAAAUUAUUAGAGGGCAUGGUGAAAAUGUAAGUAUUCUGCAUGGAUUUUCAUGUGUUUUUACUAUUGUCUUCAUGUAGAAAUUAAUUAUGCAAUCUUGUAUAUUUCCUAACUGUGACUAACAAAGUCAAGUUACAUUAAAUGCUUGUUCCAGUUAUUUUUUAAUAUAGGGUUAAACAACCUGUAUCAAACAAUGGGUUUUAGCAAUCACUUGAGAUACAAUUUUUUUAAAGUUCAUGUAAACAUACUUUGAAAUGUGUUGUAUCAUUUCAGUUUUAUUUUGAUUUAAUUUGUAUUGAUAAUGAUUUUAAUUAUGAAUCAAAGUUUCUGUUAUACUAUGCAAGUGUAUAUAAAAUCACUAUUUUUUCAUAUUCUCAAAGCAAUAAAUAUAUAAAGCUUCAAUUAGGAAUUGCAUGCUACUUUUAAUAAUUUUAUAGGGGUGUAAAUGCAUUAACAAAAGCACAUUUUCCACGGAAUAGCUUCAUAUUAAAAAUGUGUUCAUGAUCAUCACUUUUACAACCCUAUAAGAUUGUAAAAAGAAGCAUGCAAUUCUUAUAAAUACAUUUUUAUGCUACAACCAUGAAAUUAAGAGUUAUAUCAAACUUUUCGUUUGUUUUUUUAAUGCAUUAUUUUAACAUUGUCACGGAUAGCACAUGCAGUCAUAGCUAGUGUAUUUUAUAUGGAAAUAAAAUAUGAUAUUGGAGUGCUUCUUGAUUGUUGUCUACCAAUCAAAAUUACAGAUUCUAAUGAAACAUACAUUUAAUGUAAUUGUUAUAAUAUAUCUAUUUACAUUUGUUUACUAUUGAAAAUAUUGACAGUAUUUAAUUCUAUCCCAUUGAAUGGAGUAAAUCAAAUUAAUUGUUAUAGUUUUUGUGUGUGUGUUAAUUUAUAAGCAGAAUUUCAUUUAUAACGUUGUCAUGUUAAAGAAAAUACGCUGCCACACAAUGUGCUGUUUUUUAUUUGUGGAUGCAAAAUUGUGUAGUUAAUAGCUGAAUUUAUGUUGAGUUUUUGAAUUAGUGGUUUAAGCUUUCAUAUAUCUUA